AUCCCAAUCGUGGUCUACCUACCCCAAACUCGGGGGAGCCUUCGCCGCGCCGGCGAGACACCACAUGCCUCCGGCGCAUCCGCCUCCGUGCGGGGUCGCGCCCGCCGCGGCGGCGACCUGCCCCCUCUUCCUCCUCCCCCGCCGGAGCCUGAGCCGGAGCCUCCACCUCCGCCUCCGCCGCCUCUCCCUCCCCGCCCCGCGCGCCGCCUCCCACGCCCACGACGCCGUCCUCCUUCGCCGCGCCGCCGACGCGGCCGACCGCUCCGCGGGGCUCACCUCCCCGCACCCCAACUUCGGGUGCGUCAUCGCCAGGCCCCAGCUCGAGACCGACAACGCCGAGGCAUGGGUGGUGGGCGAGGGGUUCCUCUACGCGCAGGGCACGCCCUGCGCCGAGCUCCUCGCCGCCCAGGAGGCCGGCGAGCACGCCCGCGGCGCCACGGCCUACCUCAACCUCGAGCCCGGGGACUGCUACGGGGACAGCACUGCCGUUUCCACCCUAGUCCAGGCAGGAAUUACAAGGGUUGUGGUUGGUCUUAGGCACCCCUUAAAGCACCUGAGAGGAAAGGCAAUUCAAUCACUACGAAAUGAAGGCAUUCAAGUUGACGUUGUGGGCGAGGAUCUGCACAGUAAAUUAUUUAAGGAAGCUCUUAAGUCAUGCCUCAUUGUAAAUGCCCCAUUACUUUACCGAGCUGCCUUCCGUGUUCCGUUCUCUGUCCUGAAGUAUGCUAUGACUGCAGAUGGAAAAAUUGCAGCAAGCAGUGGGCAUGCAUCUUGGGUAAGUGGCAAAUCAUCUAGAGGCAGAGUAUUUGAAUUGCGUGGAAGAAGCGAUGCUAUAAUUGUAGGUGGAAAUACAGUACGCCUUGAUGAUCCUCGCUUAACUGCCAGGCAUGUCAAGGGGCAUGUUCCAGUGCGAAUUGUAAUGUCACAGUCUCUUAAUCUUCCCGAGGAAGCAAAUUUAUGGAAUGUACAUGAUGCAUACACAAUAGUUGCAACACAAAGAGGUGCUCGGAGAGAUCUCCAAAAGAAACUUGCUUUGAAGGGUGUUGAAGUAGUGGAGUUUGACAUGCUGAAUCCUAGAGAUGUUAUGUCAUAUUGUUAUGAUCGUGGUUACCUCUCCGUAUUAUGGGAGUGUGGUGGGACCCUAGCAGCUUCUGCUAUAUCUGCAAGUGUUAUUCAUAAGGUGUAUGCAUUCUUGGCUCCAAAAAUAAUUGGGGGAGUGAAUGCUCCAACACCAGUCGGUGAACUAGGGAUGAAUCAAAUGACUCAAGCGAUUGAUUUAAUUGAUGUUUCUUACGAGCAGAUUGAUAGGGACAUGCUCAUGAGUGGAUUCAUCCAACCUAUUCCUGAUCUCUCACCUGUAAUACCAUCUGUGGAUGAAAUGCCUUCAGUUGAUCCAGAAGUAUCUCCAUAUGAAACUAAUAUUAUAUCCUUCUACAAGACUUGGGAUACCUUUGGUGCCUUCUCUAACUUUUCUCCCCAUCCAAUUCACAUGCCCGAUGAAAAUGGAGACUAUUUCACAUGGCCAACAGUGGAGCACUAUUACCAGGCACACAAGUUUAUUGGUGUUGAUGAUCCUCAAGCAAGAGAGAUUGUCCAAGAAAUAAAGCUGGCUAAGAGUCCUGAAGAAGCUGCUAGAAUAGGACGCACUCGGCAAAGAGAAUUUCAAGAAUUGGUACGACCAGAUUGGGAUUCCAUCAAAAUUGAAGUGAUGUACAGAGCUACAAAGCGCAAGUUCUCAACUUAUUCCCAUCUGACUGACAUGCUGUUGUCAACGGCUGGCUCUGUUCUUGUUGAGGCGUCGCCCCACGAUUUAUUUUGGGGCGGUGGGCGCGAGGGCGAAGGUAUGAAUUACUUGGGUAGAUUGCUGAUGCAAUUGCGAUCAGAGAUUCUAGGAACAAUUCAAACAGCUGUUGAGGUAGGGGAGCCAGCUUGAUUUGCUGGAGAGGUGAUCAUAACAGCAGACGUUUUGAUCUGGGGUAUUUAUAUGUAUCAUUAUGGUGAUUGCCUUCAAAAUUUUGUGAAACAUUUGUUUCUUUAUCUCUCUAAAUUCCUGUAGAAAUUUGAGAUGCUUUCGUUGCCGAAUUUUAUUUGUUAUCAUCUUGUUGUACUGGUCUGGUCUGCAAAUAUAAAAUCAGAGCAGAGAUAGAGGAUGCAUAUAUCACCCAAAACAAAUUGUUCACAGCAAGAUUACUCUAUACAUAUAAUAAAUAGUAAAGGAGGAAA